GUCGCACCGCCGCGGGUUUGAUGGGGGAUUGGUGAGUGAAGUGUUCCCUGCAAAUUGACAUCAAGCAUGCCUGGCACACCUGAGGACAAAUUACCUGAGGCAGAACAGAAGAAGUGGGUACAAUUUGGUGAAGAUGGUGAAGAAGUAACUCAGGCCUCACUAAAUGGAAAUUCUCCAGCCACCAUUGAUGUUCAACACGAUCCAACUGAAUCCAGUGAACCUGACAACAUACGAGCGAACGUGCCCAGCCCGUCGCCGGUGGACCGGACGCCCACGUCGGGCCGCGGGCAGGAGGUCUCGCUGGGCGCGACGGCGCUGCACGACGUGCCGCUGGCCGACCAGCCAGCCGCCCCGGCCACCGGCACCGUGCUGCAGGGCUUUGCGAACGGUGACGUCAUCGUGACCCUUCUGCCGCUCAACACGGCGCUGCCCUGGAUCACCCCGGCCCAGUUCAGACCGGAGCUCGUGCCCGAGGAGCUGAUGGCGCAGGGUCUCACGCUGACGGUGGAGGAAUACGUCCAGGGCAUGGAGCUGCUGGUCAACGACGUGCGCUUCAACGCCUACAACAUCUGCUACAAGCGCAUUCUGGUGGGCUGGAUCUUAAUGGGCUUUGUGGUGCUCAUCGCCAUCUUGUUCGCCGUCAAUCCUGGUAUCGAGCUGUUCGGUUGCGGUGUCAUCUGGCUCAUCGUCAACGCCGUGGCCAUCUUCGUCUGCAUGUGGAUCAAAAUCAAACUGAACCGUGAGCUGGAGCGCUGCGUGGCCCUGGUCAACCGGGUGUUCAGCAAACACAACAUCCUGCUGGGCGUGGACGACCGAGGCCGACUCUCCUGCCACAAGGUCAACCUCUGCUUCAUCUACUUCCAGCAGCAGGGCUGCUUGAGGAGACUGCAGGAGGUGGUGGAGCGGGAGGACGCCGGCGUGGGCGGCGAGGAUGCCGAGGCGCGCGCCCGCUCGCUGCGCCUCCAGCAGCGCAUGGAUAUUAACGACUCGGACAUCAUCAUUACCGGCAGUCAGACCACGCGUGUCUCCCGCAAACAGGAGCGGGCCGAGAGACUGCUGCUGCGCUACUCGCAGCGCUGGGCCAAGGACUUCCUGCGCAAGCGGCUGGACUGGACGGUGGACAUGAACGAGCGGCUGGAGGAGGGGCCGGCCGGCGGCUGCUCGCCCCGCCACCUAGCCACUGCCCGCUGCCCCUGCCAGUACAUCGAGGACCACCUCAGCUGGAAGCCUCAGAAGCGACCCAAGGACCGCUGCUGCGGCUUCCAGCUGCCAGAGACGUGCGCUAACAUCCUCUGUUAGUGUGCGUCGUCCGGCCGGGCCGGCGCCAGGAGCGGACCGACCUUCAGGUGGCGGUGAUUUUUGGUGGGGCGGGCGCGGCGGCCGGUGUCCGCGGUGGGACACGUAUUUGUGGUGUGGCACGUGGGCUGUAAAAAGCUAGUGUCGCGGAGGGCAUGUAUGCAGGAGUGGCGACUCUCACCUCGUCCUCCCAUUGUUCUCGGCGACGGUGACCCAUGGCUGGCACGUGACGUGGGGCGUGUUAGGCUGAGACAAGGCUGUCUGCGCGGUCGGCGGGGUCGGCAAGGAACCGGAUAGGCUGGUCGGGACUAACGUUUUAAAUUCGGGACGUCCACGUUUAACACAGACGUAGUGUUAAAGUGUUAAGUUUAGCCUUCGGGUACAAAAGAAGCUGGGUAUGUUCUCGAAUGCCUUUAAGUCAAGCCCACGACUUAUCGUCAAUUGUGAAACGAACCAACCGUGCCGCGCUGUAGGGGCGUCAGACGCUGACAGGCUGGAUUGACCGACACUAAUAAUCCAGCUGUCGGUCUAUGGGUAAGUUCUGUAUGUUUGUUUACUCUCAAAAUUUAACGUGGGUCCAGCAGGAUAAUUUUACUUCUUAUCUUAAAAUGAAUUUUCCAUUUACGCGGGGUUUUGAACUGAGAAAGCCGGCGGUACGCAAAAUCAUGUUCACGAUCACAACCUUUUCUAAACACAGUAAUCCUUGGGGAUCAGUGCAAUUUGUCGAUCGAACCAUUCCAUGCUUAAACAAGCAAUGACAUGUGACUAAGCAUUCCAGCACGACUGUCUGCCCACUGGCGAACGGGCGUGUCGUGAGAACUGUGGCAUUCCAUUAUCUCCUUUCCGCGUCCCGUACUAUGACAUUUUGCUAUGCCAGGGAUGUUGACUUGUUCGUCCACACCGUACGAUUUUUGCGUCGAUCGGUCAGUUCUAUUUGGUUUGUACGCAAUUUGAGUUAUUCUGCCAAUGAGAACGCGAAGUGAUGAAGGAUAGUAUGGGCCAAUAUUGCAAGCAGUCAAAUGGUCCAGUAGUCUAGCAAUCCGGGCAAAUAAUCUAAAAACAGAAGCGUCUACUCAAAGAAAGUUAGUGCAUCUCGAAUAAGGGAGGGGGGAGGGGACGGCCGCCUGGUUGGUUACGCAGGGGACCACCAACGCAUACUUGAUACGCGCGGGUUCAGUGCCCAGACCUGACACAAGCUUAGGAUGUUUGAGCAAUUACCACGACAGCGGUCGAGUUGUUCAAAAGGUCCUUUGAGCAUGCGCCCAAAAGUGUGAACAGUAAUAGCAGCAAACACAAUCGCAACAAGCACGUUUGCGCACCAAAGUUCUGACAGACUGUCUGAUGGCGUCCAUGAACAGCAUGUGUAAAGGAUUCUUGCGCUGCAUUGGAGUAGCAUUUUCGUCGUUCCAAAUCGUGCUUGAAAGUCCUGUCGCGCUGCUGGCUCAUUUGUCCAUGCGUGCUUUUUCACGUUGCAAGCAGCACUCUUCAAAGCCGUUGCGUUUGUUACUGGUGGCAACUGUUCCAUUGGUCUGUGUGUUUUUUUUUGUAGCAGCCCUGAUUCGACGCGUGGUAGCUCGGUGGUCUCACUGAUGGUGUGGGAACCAGAGGGGCGGAUUCCGAUUCCCCGUGGUUGCCGCCGUCAGACGGCGCGAUAUAGUCGCAGCUGCUGAAUGUGUCUGAAGGCCCCAAUAGUAACCUAGUGCCCUGGUUGACUGCAGUCAGUUGUAGGUUUAUCUAGCGAAUUAGGACGAUUAUUGGUCUCGUUUUCGUCUCUGACUCUCGAUCAUGCUCUCGUAAAUUACUGGGGGGGGGGGGGGGGG